GUACACCCACCGCCCUGUAACAACAUUUUCCCGUCGAGAGCCAUAUUAAAAACCAGCACCCAUCUCUUUCUCUCUCUCUCUAAACCCUCACGCUUUCUCUAUCUAAAACCCACCAAUUUCAAUUCAAUUUCCAUGGCUUCUCCAACUCCAAUUCCCCAUCUGGGUGUCUCUCUUCUCUUCCUCUUUCUCAUCCUCUCUUUCUUUACACCCACCUUUUGCAUACAGGACCCGAUUUCAGUCUUUGAAAUCUUGCCCAAGUAUGGCCUCCCCAGCGGAUUAUUACCCAAUUCAGUAACAAACUACACUCUCUCGGAGGACGGCGACUUCAUUGUUCUUCUGGAGAAACCCUGCUAUAUUAAGUUUGAGUACUUGGUCUAUUACGAUAAGCGAAUUUCUGGCAAGCUAAGUUAUGGGUCUAUCACGGAUUUGAAAGGGAUUCAAGUUCAAAGAUUCUUGUUGUGGCUUAAUGUUGAUGAGAUCAAGGUUGAUUUGCCUCCCUCCGAUUCUAUUUACUUCCAUGUGGGUAUAAUCAAUAAGAAACUUGAUGUUGAUCAGUUUAAGACCGUCCAUUCUUGCCGUGAUAAGGUCUCUGGGACCUGUAGGGGAUCCUGGAAUCGAAUUCUCGAGCUUCCAACUUCGGCAGAUGAUAUUCAAAUGUUAAUUACUGAGUAGGGGCAACCAAGUGUUUCUGCUGCAUUGUAAAUGUAAAGUAGCUGAGAAACUUUGAUAUUGCAGUGAUUGUCAUAUUCGGACUCGCAAACUAAGAGUCUGUCAGAGUCAUGUAUGUAUAAUCUAGAUAUGAGAAUUUUCCCUCUUGUUGAGCUUAAUCAUAUCAAUGAGCAGGAGAGGAGUUACAUGUAUGCACUAGAUGUGGUAGUUAUGGUAUGUGUAUGAACUGUGUGUUGAACAAUUGUACUUACCAACUACUUCAGCUUGUGGUUUCAUAUCAUUGGCCUGAUAUUGUUAAAUGGACAGGCUGUUGUUCUUUC